UUCAAAUGUCCAAAUGUUGUUCCUCACGCAAGAAGUGCACGUGACGUAUACCGCCCUAGAGGUUGACGUUCGUCGGACCACCGAACAACUUCCACAUGUCCCGAACCCCUCCAACAACACACACCUUCCACCAUAACCUCUCAGCAAUUGGCACCCACCCCAAAUAAUGUCAUUUCUACCCUCACACACCUCAUCAUUCACUCGGUAAUCUACAGCAAGAUUAGACAAACGCCGAUUGCUCACGAGCUCAAGCAAUGAUUACGUCAGGCUUCACAAACGCACCUGUGUCGCGAUUCCUGGUCUUCGGCACGGUCAUCGGCGCGCUGGUCGCAAGCUUAACAGACACAAGAUAUUACAUUCACAUCCAGGUUGUCCCACAUUUCUGGCGGUAUGGCCAGUUCUGGAGGAUCUUCACGUGGCAGGCCUGCUUCACCAACUCUACCGAGGUGCUCUUCGCGGUUCUGAGUCUGUAUACUUUGAGAGUGGUCGAGAGACUAUGGGGGAGUCGCAAGUUUGCUUCUUUCGUUCUAGCUACUCUCCCGUAUACCACCAUACUCCCACCGCUCAUUCUUACUUUCGUCCUCCGCCCGCUCACAUUCGGCCGCAUCAACCACCUCCCCGCAGGGCCAACCCCGCUCAUCUUCGCCCUCCUCGCAAACUACUACGCCGCGAUCCCGUAUACAUACCGUUACAAGGUCGCACCUUAUAGCUCUUCUUCCUCCUCCUCCUCAUCUUCUACACCGUCCACGCCAACAAGUCUAUGGGCCCGCUCCCUGACCUUCACAUCAAAAUCCACAACGUACCUCCCCCCACUACAACUCGCGCUCUCGCAGUUCCCUGGCUCACUCCUGGCUGCUGCGGUUGGAUGGGCGGUCGGCACGGCAUACCGACGGGAUAUGCUUCCUGGCGCCACUGGCUGGAGGCUACCUGGCUGGAUGGUUGGUGAGGAGAGUAAGCGGGAGUUUGAGGGACUCAGGGCGAGACUUGAUGCGGAGAGGGAACGGGAGGGAGGUGUUACUACUGGGAUUCUGGCGGGCGAGACGGGGCAGGGGCAGCCGAGGCAGCGCAGGACCUUGGGGGAGAUGGUCACUGAGCAGUUUAGGGGUAGAGGUUAG